GAGGCGGCGCGCGCGCGUUUGUACGAACAGGGGGCGAGCGUCUGUCAUUCACACUCGCACGCAUCCGGAGGAGGACACCGUACUCUCGCUACUCUUUAAGCCGACGAUGGCACCACCUUCCGCGGUCACUUGUGGAGCUUUCAUCGGCGGGACGUUUCGGUGACGGCGGAACACAAGGUACGGUUGUGCCGCCUCAGCAGAAUGAAGCCACCAUCCUCACUGCGGCUACGCUAGCCCGAUCCUGGCGCCGAUGACCCCUUUUGAUGCAUUGUCUGCUUCUGUUUUUCCUUUCUGACCCCUUCCUCCAGUCACUCUCCUUCCUGUGUGUCUUUUACCCCCCUGAGCCUUCCUUAUUGCUCAAGAGAGCUGUAGCUGGCAGCAUAUGAAGCAGGCCUGGCACCGGACAGAGUGUAGAAGAUUCAAGGAGUAGACACAUUCAAGAUGCCGGGGACAAACUUCACUCGAGCGCCAUGAGCUAGCGAGGACCACAAAACGUUCUUUAAAAAAAAAAAAAAAAAAAAAAAAAAACAACAAUCAAACAAUAGCUGUCUUUUCCCACACUCGGUCAUGCCAGCCAAGGGGAAAUACUUGUUGAACGACCAGGAGCUAAAGAAUGAGGCGCUGUACCGCAAGUUCUCCUGCAUCAGCCAGUAUCAGCCACUGGUGCUCCUGCUGGGCCUUUCCAUGCUGUCCUGUGCAGUCCUCCUGGUUCUCUUCUUCGCCCUCGGACUGAGUGCUGAGGAACACUGUGCCUUUGUGAGCGUUGUGAGUGGCGGCCUGUGCGUCUUCCUGGCCGUCUUUGUCCUGGUGUGCACCGAAAUGCUGUCCCAACGCUGGCGGCGUCCGCUGGGCCUGCUGGUGUGGGCGGCGCACCUCGCCAUGGGGUUCACCUUCAUCUUCAGCGGGCCCGUCGUCCUACCGUGGGAUCAGGUGCCAUUCUUCCUGUUCAUCAUCUUCACCGUGUACACCAUGCUGCCGUUCCCGUGGUGGUAUGCGGUGGCGCUGAGCGUGGUCUCAUCGCUGUCCCACAUCGUAGCGCUCACUUUGCGCCUCACCGUGUACAGUGACGCGCCCGUGCCGUACCUCGCCAACCAGCUGCUGUCCAAUGCGGUGGUGUUCCUGUGUGGCAGCGUGGUGGGAGCCUUCCACAAGGUCCUCAUGGAGAAAACCCUCAGGCAGACCUUUCAGGACACGCUGCGAUGCCUCAGCAUGCGCAUGAAGCUGGAGAUAGAGAAGAGACAACAGGAGAACCUGCUGCAGUCUGUGCUGCCGGUCUACAUCUCCAUGAAAAUGAAGUUGGCCAUCAUGGAGCGCCUGCAGGACUGCAAAGACAAGGAGGAGCAACAGCGGCUCGUCAAAGACAACAACUUUCACAGCCUCUAUGUCAAACGGCACGAAAACGUCAGUAUUCUCUAUGCCGACAUUGUGGGCUUCACUCGACUGGCCAGCGACUGUUCCCCCAAGGAGCUCGUUGUCAUGCUCAACAAACUGUUCGGAAAGUUUGACCAAAUUGCAAAGGAAAACGAGUGCAUGAGAAUCAAGAUCCUGGGUGACUGCUAUUACUGUGUAUCGGGCCUGCCAGUGUCUCUGCCCAAACACGCCAAGAACUGUGUGAAAAUGGGCCUGGACAUGUGUGAAGCCAUCAAGCAAGUCCGAGAGGCCACCGGCGUGGACAUCAACAUGCGAGUGGGCGUGCACUCGGGCAACGUGCUGUGCGGCGUGAUUGGCCUGCGCAAGUGGCAGUUUGACGUGUGGUCACAUGACGUGACGCUGGCCAAUCACAUGGAGUCGGGAGGCCUUCCGGGACGUGUGCACAUCACUGAGGCCACGCUGAAGCACUUGAACAAGGCGUACGAGGUGGAGGAGGGCGACGGGCAGCUCCGGGAUCAAUACCUCAAGGAGCUUAACGUCAGAACCUACCUCGUUAUUGACCCUCGGUCCAAAGAUCCGACGCAGAGCAGCCGCAGGGUCCCCAAGCCUCGUGUGAACGACGGUUUGAAGAUGCGGGCGUCGGUGCGCAUGACGCGCUACCUGGAGUCCUGGGGGGCCGUCAAGCCGUUCGCCCACCUGCAGAGCCGAGAGGGCUUCGCGGUGGAAACCCUCGGCAACGGCAAGUCGUUCAGCAAGGACAUCCCACUGCGAACAGCACCCAGCUCCAAGCUUACUGCGAGCUUUGAUGAGUCACUAGAAGAGCGGUUGUCCUUGUCCACGCCCUCAUUCAGCAGCUAUAAAAAUAAGUCUCAGAAGAGUCGCUUUGAUGAGGAGCUGCACAACGAGAUGACCACCACCAUAGAUGAACUGGGCACCAAACAAUGGUACAAGUCUGAGGAGAGUGGCAGUUUAGCCAUAUGGUUUCCAAAGAAAGACCUAGAAAAACAGUACCGAGCCUUGGAUUUGCCCAUGUUCAAGCACUACGUGGGCUGCGCGGCCAUUAUCUUCCUCUGCAUCUUUUCCAUCCAGAUGUUAGUCACCAGGGAUCGGCAGAUACUCGGAGUGACGUUCGCGGUGUUGGCGUGUAUCCUGCUGCUGACACUGGCCAUCUGUUUUGCAGCUCAAAUACAGCGCAUGUUUCCAGAGAAACUGUCAAGCUGGCAGUGGCUGGCGAUGGUCUCUGAGGCCGUGGUGAAGAAGCCUUGUGUGCGCCUCCCCCUGGCCGCCGUCACCACCGCCGUCAUAGUUCUCUUGGCAGUCUUCAACCUGUGCUUCGUCCAGACACAUUUUCGACAAUGUUCCAGUGGUGACGUUCACACCCAGGGUCACGCAAAUGAUUCCCAGCGACUGGGAUUACAGGGAGGACUCUUCUAUUUGCCUUACUCUGUUUACUGCUGCAUCCUGUCCCUGAUCGCUUGCGGCGUGUUCCUGCGGGUCAGCUUGGAGCUCAAAGUGCUCUUCCUCACCCUGGCGUCCAGCGCGUACUACAUCAUCAUCCUCAGCACCAACAGCCAGCUCUUUGUGGCCUACGCCGACGUCCUUCACGCUCAGAUUACCGGAGAGGGCAACUGCAGCAGCCUAGCGGACAAGUCCAUGGUGAGGCUGGUGGGCCUGGUGAAGCACCCCCAGGUGAUGAGCUGCAUCUAUAUCACAUUGUUCCUGGUGACCAUGCUCAUCAUCUCACAGCAGAACGAGUCGUGCUUCCGCCAGGACUUCCUGCUCAAGUACAAAAACCACACGGAGCAGGAUGAGAUCGAGACCCGGGAGAACCUAAACCGCCUGCUUCUGGAGAACGUGCUGCCCGCCCACGUGGCCUCGCUCUUUGUUGGCGAGAACAAGAAAAACGAGGACCUCUACUACAAGUCGUACGACUGCGUGUGCGUGAUGUUUGCCUCGGUGCCUGACUUCAAAGAGUUCUACACCGAGUGCGACAUCAACAAGGAGGGCCUGGAGUGCCUGAGGCUCCUCAACGAGAUCAUUGCCGACUUCGACGAGCUGCUGUCAAAGCCCAAGUUCAGCGGCGUGGAGAAGAUCAAGACCAUCGGUAGCACGUACAUGGCGGCGGCGGGCCUCAGCGGACCGCCCGGUCAGGAGAACAAUCAGGACCGGGAGCGUCAGCAGGCGCAGAUCGGCAUCAUGGUGGAGUUUGCGGUCGCGCUCGUCAGCAAGUUGGACGGCAUCAACCGACAUUCCUUCAACAGCUUCAAGUUGCGCGUGGGUAUUAACCACGGUCCCGUGAUCGCCGGCGUGAUCGGCGCCAGGAAGCCUCAGUACGACAUCUGGGGCAACACGGUCAACGUGGCCAGCAGGAUGGAGAGCACCGGCCAGCUGGGAAAGAUACAAGUGACGGAGGAGACAUCUGACGUGCUGCACAGGCUGGGAUACUUGUGCGAGUGUCGCGGCUUCAUCAGUGUGAAAGGCAAAGGCGAGCUCAAGACCUUCUUUGUGUGCACAGACACGAGCAAGCAGCAAGGCAUGGGCCUCAGUUGAGGCCAGGAGAUCACGCUCGGAAAAUGUAACGCUUGCUUGUAGGCGCGAGCCCAGUGUUUACAUGCCCACCACCCAAAGAGUGACUGAAAUACAGAUGUGGUCCUGCGGGGUGUGCUGGAAAUAAAGGAACUACAGUGUGUCGCUGCGCUGGAUGCGAUCAUGAUGAACUUCGCUUCAAACAAACUGGAAAAGGCCGAAAAACUCAAUCUUCAAACAAAAAUGGCCAACUAUCUGCGGGUUUUACAGUACCGUACAUUUUCUUCAUUGAUUUUGGUGUGUCCUGUCAUCAACAUCCAAAAAUAUGUUGCCUUGAUCCAUGUUUGUAAAAUUUGGU